AGCAGGUUGAGGGUUGAGAGGUGAAAGGUCGUCUCCAACAUGGCGGCUCCCGUGGAUGACAUGUUUUCUCUGUGCGUGGACCCCGGUAAAGCAGCCGGCGGCGUGGAGGUCCGGUUUAUAGACAAUGUGAAGGGUAAAGGUCUGUUUGCUAGAAGGAGCAUCAAGAAGGGGGACAGCAUGUUCAUCGAGCGGCCCCUCGUCUCUUCUCAGUUCCUGUGGAAUUCUUUGUACAAAUAUAGAGCCUGUGAGUUCUGUCUCCGUGCUCUGGAGACGGCCGAGGACAAUGCGAGGAGACUCAGCGGGAUCCCCGGGCUGAGCCUUCCUCACCCCGAGCUGUGCCGGGUCCGACCAGAGCUGCACCAGGCCUGCCCCCAGUGCCAGGUGAUGUAUUGUAGCAGCGAGUGUCGACAAGCUGCAGCAGGUCAGUACCAUCGAGUUCUGUGUCUGGGUUCGUCCCAGGAGGAUCCAGAUCAUCCACUCAACAAGAUGAAGGAGGCGUGGAGGAGUUUGCAUUAUCCUCCAGAGACCUCCAGCAUCAUGCUCAUGGCCAGAAUGGUUGCUCUAGUCAAACAGGAUAAAGACAAAGCACAUUGGCAGAAGCUCUUCUCUCACUUCUGUAGCCGGACAGCGAACGAGGAGGAGGAGAUCGCCCAUAAGCUCCUGGGAGAAAAGUUCAGAGGACAGUUGGCCUCGUUACACGGCUUUUUCAGAGCAGCACUUUAUGAUGAGCAUCUCAGUCGGUGGUUUGCUCCGGAGGGUUUCCGCUCUCUGUUCGCUCUGGUGGGAACUAACGGACAAGGCAUCGGCACCAGCUCCCUGAGUCAGUGGGUUCAUGGCUGCGAUGCACUGGAGCUUCCUGCCCAGCAGAGGGAGCAGCUGGACUCCUUCAUCGACCAGCUGUACAAGGACAUUGAGAAAGAAACGGGAGACUUUCUGAACUGUGAGGGCUCCGGACUCUUUCUGCUCCAGAGCUCAUGUAACCACAGCUGCUCGCCCAACGCCGAGGCCUCCUUCCCCGACAACAAUUUCCUGCUUCACCUCCGUGCCCUCGGCGACAUCCACCCAGGAGAGGAGAUCUGCAUCAGUUACUUGGACUGCUGUCAGCGGGACCGAAGCCGCCACAGCAGACACAAAACCCUGAGGGAGAACUACCUGUUCGUCUGCUCGUGUCCAAAGUGCGUCUCCCAGAUGGGCGAGCUGGACGUGACAUCAGAGGAGGAAGAGGAAGAAGAAGGCGAGGCAGAAGGUGAAACAGAGGGGGACGAGAUAGAGGAUGAGAUGACAGAUGUCUGAUGAAAGACUUGCCCAUAUUGUUCUCAGCCGCUCCUGCCACCAGGCUGAGCGGCCACGAAGCCCGGAAGAAUAAAGACCAGUUCAAACCAUGAUCUGCAUUUCAACAGACCUGCUCGAGCUUCCUGUCAUCAACACAUUUCAGUCACUUUGUUUACUUUCUAAGGGCAGCAACACAACGGUACAUGUAUGUAGUGUGUGCGUGUCAGUGUUGGGAUUCUGGCUCUGCUCAAACACACUGGGGCUUUAAAUACUGCAGAGGUCAUGAGAUGUAAGUGCAGACUUUCAAGUUUCAGGGUUUUUGGAAGUUCACAUCCACUUUGGGUUAAUAGUAUCAGAUUAUAUGUGUAAUAGGAAGACAAAAAUCUCCAUAGAGAUGGGAACUGGUGGCAGAGUUUCCCCCCAAUCUCUGACUCAACUGGCUAUUGUCUCACAAAGAAUUAGCCUUUGGGGGCGAUGGCCAAUAUUUUGUUUCUCCCGGUGUAGACAGCGGUGCCGAGACUUCUUCUGUUCCCCGUACACUGUUUACAGUCCAAUUAUUUUCCACAAACUGUUAUUUCUUUCUCAUCCAUACAGCAGUUUGGCUCUAACCCAUAACCCUAAACCUUACCCUAAUUAAAAAGCCACCAGCUGACUCAUCUCUUGCUGUCCACACGGGCUGUUUACCUUUGGGAAUCCAAAGCCUGCUCCAGCAUCACUGGUCAAACUAGAAGAAAACCAUAAUGAUUCCUGCCCCAAAAACCUGCCCCUCACCUACAGAUUCUGCGUCUUCACAGUCUGCUUUUAGACACAUCACAUAUCCCCCAGACCAUUUGCAUUAGUAGAUGCAUGAAUGGGAUGAGCCUACAACCAAUCCCAGCAACUAGACGUACGACUUCGCAGAUCAACAAAUGCUGCGAGUACAAAAAUAAACUGUCGAGUUUGUAGGAGGCAUGUAAAUCAGU